AUGGUUCGCCUCAUGUCUCCGUUGGCGGCUCUAGCUGGAGCGACCGCCGCGUCGUGCCAGACUGAUGACCAGAACCACGACUCGUACACCGGCUACACCCAGACGAUCACCUACAUCAAGCGGCACCCGGACUGGGCUCGCGAGGAAUUCUGGACGCACUGGCAGACAGAGCAUGCGCCCAAGGUUGCUCCCCUAGCAACCUAUUUCAACAUCACCCGUAACCAACAGAUCCUAGUUGGAGGCAUGAUCCCCCCCACUGCAAUGGGAGCAGACCAGCCUGCCAACACCACCCUUGUGAGCUUUGACGGCAUCGCCAUAUUCCCGUACCUGAAUCCCUCGGCUUUGACCGCGAUGCUUUCUCAUCCUUACUACAUCGACAUUGUUGAGAAGGAUGAGGAAACGUUCAUCGAUAAGUCGGCCUAUGGUGACGGAAUGGUCACGACCUAUGUCGGAAAGAACGUCGAGGUUGCUGACGAAGGUUCCAAUGUCUGGGUCGGGGACGCCGCGACGGCUGAGAAGUACCAGAAGCUUUUCGAGUCGUACCUUUGA